AUGAAUAAAUUAAAAUAUUUUUUUUUGAAGUUGUUCCUUUUUUUUGUCAUAAAUAAAUAUAUUUUAUGCAAAAAUGUAAAUUCAAUUGGUAAAGUAUCUCCAUUUAUUUUUAUUCAAGCAAAGCUAACAGAAUUAAAUGUUGCAACUCCUCCUUACACCGUUUUUAACUUUGCGACCGAAGUGAGUUCUACUCAAGAUAUCAUAGAGGAUCAUCUCAAGAAUAAAGAGAAAAAAGCUAUGAGAAGAUUUAAGCAAGAUUUGAGGAACAAAAGGGAACAUUCUGAAAACAUUUUAGCAAAUUUAUUAUCAAGUUCUUUGCAAUUUUUUGAUUUGGAAUAA